AUGCCUGGACAAUUCGUUGCGAUCACUAAUACGAACAUUGUUGACGAGAGCGGCAGAGAUUUGGCUUGUGGUGGAAAUCUGCAAGUAAUCCGGCCGAAGAGUGAUAACCUCAUCAGGUUGACAGCUGUCCAAAAGCUUGACCCCGAAGAUGCAGAAACUACUGCGAAACCCAUACUUCAUGUGAUGUCCACAACUAACAGACCUGCACCAAAAAUUCGACCAAUCGCACCCCGCGUUGCUCCACCUAUUCACAGUUCCUUUUCUAUUUCGGCACCAGCGCAAAAGGAGCUGGUACCGUUUGCAGUAUUACCUAUAUCACCAACGCAGGUCUUAUCCAAUCACCGAUCUGGUACAUCACGAGACAUUGAACCUCCAGUUUUUAUGCCGAUAAGAAAAACUAAUGUAACCCUUCCAAAUAUGGAGCCCCCAUCCACGCUGCCUACACCUGUGGUAGCACAAACAAAACGAACACCGUCAGUUCAGGAUCUCAUUAGUCGAGUGGCUGGGCAGCCAAUUUUAGAAGGGCAAUUAAAGUUUCUCGCUAAGAAGUUCGGAUUUGAUCGCAUGACAGGAGAACAAGCAGCGCAGCGCUUGACCCAGAUCCAUCGUAUGCUAGGGAGCCUAAAAAGCGCUCCAACAAAUGGUGGAAGACAACCGAUAUCUCCUGUGAAUGCUAAGGAGAUGAAUUCCAUAUCACCUGAUCUGAUAUCCAAAAUAGCAUCUUUUCUACCAUCAAGUAGCACCAUUAAUGGAGCUCUUACCAACAGGAUCACACAAUUUAUCGCGUUAGUACCUCAU